GUAAGGCAUCCACACAGCAUGAUACCAACCGCACCAUGUUUCACAAUGUGCAGAAAAUGGACACACGGUUCACUCGAGGAAAGUCCACCAUUCUCGAGCGACCUCUGAGCCGGCCCAAGACUGAAGUAAGCCUGAGCGCCUUCGCCUUGCUGUUCUCGGAGAUGGUCCAGUACUGUCAGAGCCGAGUGUACUCUGUGACUGAGCUGCAGACACGCCUUGCAGAAAUGGGCCAGGGUGUUGGAGCCAGCAUGCUGGACGUGCUGGUUCUGAGGGAGAAGAACGGGAAGAGGGAGACCAAAGUGCUGAACAUGCUGCUCUUCAUCAAGGUUAACGUAUGGAAGUCCUUAUUUGGUAAGGAGGCUGACAAGCUGGAGCAAGCCAAUGAUGAUGACAAGACUUACUACAUCAUCGAAAAAGACCCACUCAUCAACACGUACAUCUCUGUGCCAAAAGAGAACAGCAGCUUGAACUGUGCAGCCUUCACUGCAGGCAUCGUGGAGGCCAUCCUCACACACAGUGGCUUCCCUGCUAAGGUCACCGCUCACUGGCACAAGGGCACCACGCUGAUGAUAAAGUUUAACGAGUCGGUUAUAGCCAGAGACAAGGCUCUGGAUGGCAGAUAGCAGGGUGAAGAGCUUCAGAGCCAGGAUAUAGUCUGAUCCAGAUGUACAGAGGUCUAAUGGUGAUAACUGACGAGAUCAGAUCAUGUAGAUGGAUGUACCAAGAAACAUGUAAGGGAGAAAAGAAGCAUUUUGUUGGUUUUGUUUAUCAUCUUUAGUGUGUUGUACUUAAUGGCAUUUGUGUUUGCUUUCUGAACCUUAUUAAACACUAAAUAAAUUA